AUGAUGAGCUACAUUGAAUACAGCCUAAGUUGGCUCUUCGCCAACGCCAAAGGCCGCGAUGUCAAACUCUUUUCCAAAGGCCCAGCAUUUACUAAAUUCCCCAGACCAACAAUCCUUGUCGAAUGUGAAGAAGUAGGCCCAUCAGGGUCGCACCUUGACGUGGAGCACUCGGCAGACGGAGCGGGUCGUUUCCCGACGCUGAACUGGCCAACGGCAUCACCCGAGAUUAAACAGUAUCUCCUCAUCAACGAGGAUCCUGAUGCGCCAUUGCCUAAUCCAAUCAUCCACGGUAUUUACUAUGGAAUCCCCGCAAUGACGACAACAAUUUCCGUCCAUGAUAUCGAGGCUACCACAGAAGAAGGGACUCUAAAAGGCGGAUUCCGGUAUGGAAAGAAUCGCAGGGGAAAUGUCUAUAUCCCACCUCGGCCAUUGCUCGGCCAUGGACCCCAUCGGUACUUUUUCACCCUGGUCGCUCUUGCCGAGCCAGUCGAUCCUGGCAGGUUGAGUUUGCUGCCUACAGUCGAGGAGAUGGCACGGGAGAUCGAUGGGAAGGUUGUCGGAUGGGGUGAGUGGGUUGGUAUUUAUGAGAGAAAGUGGAAUUGA